AUGUUUCGUGGGAACCUCUUCGUAGGGGGAGUCACAUUCACCGUGAGCAGCCUACGAGACGACGUGACAAGUAUCGCAGUCGAAGUAGCAGCUAUGAGCAGCGGCGGCAACAUCGUUCCAGCCGAGGCGUGGAUGAGAGACAUAGCAGGCGAGACCGUAGCAGAAGCGCAGAAUACAGGUCAGAGUGUCAAACACCUCCACGUCCUGGUCGCGUGA